AUGUACCGGGGCAGGGGCGCGCGGGCGGCCGAGCCCGGCUCCCCGGGGCUCAGCACCGCGCAGCUCCGCGGCCUGCUGCAGGACGAGCCGCAGCUGAAGCGCAUCGUGCGGCUGAGCAUGAGCAGGAAGUUUCAGAGCUUGCAGCUGGAGCGGGAAACGUGCCUGGCUUCGAACUACGCCCUGGCCAAGGAGAACCUGUCCCUGCAGCCGCGGCUGGAGAACAGCAAAGCCUCACUGGCCAUAAAGUACCAGGAGCUGCGGGAGACAAGGGAGGCGUGUCAGGAAAAGCAGCAGCGAGUGGAGACCUGCCUGAGGAAGUGGAGCCCGCAGAGCGCCCUGAGCCAGCUCCAAGCUGCUCUGGAUGCAGCAGAGGCGGAGUCGGAGGCGCAGGUGGCGAUGUUCCUGGGCCGGGAGCUGCCCCUGGAUGCCUUCCUGGAAUUCUUUCAGCAGAGCCGGAUGCUGUCCCAUCUCCGCAGGACACAGGUGGAGAAACUGGAGCAGCUCCUGCAGAAGGAGAAGCAGCCCAGGUGGCUCCCCACGUGCUGCGAGGGGCAGCGAGCUGCCCCGCUGAGCCCAGCCCGAGCCCAAGUUGCCCUGGUGCAAAACGCAGCCUCUCCCAAGAUGUUCCAGCUCCGCUAUGGCUACACCCCUGCCCUGCUGGUCCCCUCUGACGCCAUCAUACCGUUCCCUGUGCCCGUUGCCCCUCCCAGCCGAAACCUGCCUCCCCUGGCCUCUUGCUCAGGCCAGUCGCCACCGGCUCACUCCAGCAUCCCAUGCCUGGGCUCCCCUCUGCGUCUGAUUGGACACAUCCCCCUGCUCAGCCCGCGGCCUUUCCGCGUGCAGCAUGCGCACCUGUCUUACCCACAGAAGCAGGAGCCGCCCCACCGGUAGCUGUUGGGACGAUGAGAUGUC